ACCGAGGAACAGAAAAGAUAGUGGUUGCAUUCUUUUUUCCUAUUCUGAGUUUCAACCGAGCGAAGCUAUUUUUUCUGAUGAAUGGAAGAGAACAAUCGUUCGCGGUAACAGCGAUCCUUGUCGUCGGCUUGGUGCUCAACAUGAUAGGGGACAGGACCACUGCUUUUCAGUCCAUAGUUCUCGUAUCGAGACCGGGACGACGUAAUCGUGGCAAAUUUCGAACGAAUCAAUGUCAUAACCACAACUUUAUUCACAAUUGUCGUGAUGCCAGUCUUUUUGCAUCACCUUCAGGAAAAGAGGACAUUGAUUUCAAUGACGAACUCGACGAUGAGAAGUUUAAUGAAGUCGUAUCGGAGCAACCUAUCGAAUUUGAGUGGAGGGUUUUACAGCAAGUGAGUUCUAAAAGAUAUUGAGCUCAUUGAACUGGUGAAAAUCACUUCUCAAUAAUGGCGAUAUGAAUUUCGUUUUUUAAUUGAGCGUAAACUACUGUUGCUGCUACUUAAAAAGAUGCUAUCAGGCCAAUAUGAUUCAGUAAAUGAAGUUUGUCGCAGUCAGAAGCUCUUCAAGCAUUAAAACAGUGUAAACCAUAUUCUCAUUCAUCGUUUGUCUAUCACAUUCUAUUCCGUGCCGUGGACAGAUGCUUGGUAUCAAUAUUUUCACCGUCAUAUUGGCGGCACUGAUAGUCUUUUUCCUGAGCAUGAACAUCAUCCUCGGCCCAGGUUGGCUUGGUUCAACCAUUGGUAUUCCAGGAACCGGCAAUAUUCAAGAAGUAUCUCCAACGCUUCCAGGAUCAUUAGACUUGAACCGACCCGAAUAUCGUUUAUGAGAAACGAACGAUCGAAAAAGGUACAACCGCAAUUCGAGUUUUCAGCGAGAUCCAAUCAGUCUUUCAUGAAAAGGUUCCUUUGUUACGAUACAGGAAUGGAGAACCAAAGAGCAAAUAUCCAAACUAGAUUCUACUAGGAUUUCAAAGCGAAAUCUGCAUUUGUAUGUGUGGGCAGACACUUAGAUUUACGAUUGUAGCGUCUCCCUCAGCAAUUUAAAGAGCUGGGCUAAGUGGAAGCGAAGAAAUUUCAUUUCUGUGCCAAAGUGUAUCGAAAGAACGCCACUAGAAUAUUCCACGAAAUUUCAACUUCUCUGUUUUCCAACUGCAAACUCCUAAGAAAAGAAACCAUGCUUG